AUGACAAAAAGGAAAGUUCAGGAAACACUUGCAAAGAAAAAAAACCCUUUACCUGAACAAACUGAAGACAAUUUACAAAUACAAAUAGAAGCCCUAGAACAAACUCCACAGAAAGUUGUGGCUGAAGUAGAAGAACAAAAUACAUUAACUGAAGCAUUACGGGACAGAGUAAAAGAAAAGCUGAAAACUGUCAAGGCUGCGCAGGAAAAAGAUUUUUAUUACAAACAAAAUUCUUCCGCCAAAGGAUUUCAGAACAAACAAGAAGUAAAUGCUGAGAAUGAAGUACCCUUAGAUGAGGGUUUUGAAUUUUUUACAUCAACUUUUGAAGACCACUUCAAGAUGAAAGAACUUGAUAAAAAUGUUGGACAGAAAUCAACAAUUGGCUGUCUUCAAAACAUCUGUGACUUAAAUGAACAAACUCCACUGCUCAUCCAUGAGAAAGAAAUGUUGACAGAAUUACUUGAAGUAAAAUCUCCUACCUGUAAUUUCAAUAAUGUAGACAAGGAAAAGGGAUGGAACCACCUCUUUUUUCCAAGCACAUCACCAGUUAUACAUAGCUGUAAGCUACCAAUCAAUAUGUUGCCACGACUCCUGGAAGAGGAAGGCUUUUACAUUCCAAGAAAGCCUUAUAUUCCUAGGAAGAUGUACCACAAAAUGGAAAAUCGCCUUCAGCAAGAAGGGGCAAAAGGCUGGUUUGAAGAAAGUGGGGAAAUAAUAUCAUUACCUUCUCCGAUCAAGCAAUCAAGCCAUCCCAUAGUGCCAUUCCCUGUUAAAACUAUCACACAAUUAAAGACAACAUAUAGAAAGGCAAUGCGACCUGAGCUGGAAAAUUGUGCCAUAACCAAGUCUGAUGGCUACUAUAAAAUGUAUCAACUAGAUCUUUACAUAUCAAGUAUUGUCUUCAGUCAUCAUUUUCUUUUUAAUUGUGAGCAAGUGUUGGCAGUUAGGUUGCUUGACAUCUAUGAGUGCUUUCAGAAAAGACAACAGCAAAAUGUUACUAACUUGCUUUCUGAAAAACUCAAAGCCUUAAUAAGUGCUACAAAACUAGCAGAAAGAAAUUUAAAAACAAGUCAGUUGAGCACAAACACUUUAAAGGAUUACAGAUCACAAAUAAGGAAUACUAAAAUAUUAUAUGACAAAGAACAACAACGAGAUAAUUAUUUAAUACAAAGUAUGCUGAAAGUGUGGAAACAGAUGAAGUCUUUACGUAAACAACAAGGCUUUAUCAGUACAACUAUAAAGCUGCAAUUUCAAAGGCAAACAUGUAAUUCUGAAUUGGAUGAAUAUGAGGUCAAAAUAGCAGAAGAUGAUGAAGAAGAGGAUUCUUCGGACUCAACUUGUGCUUCUCAACCUUUAACAGACCUUGGAGAAGGAAAGAAAACAUUUUUCAUUCCACAUCUGACUUUUAUUCCAGAAAUAACAGCAGCAAAAUUGUGCCCACUAGAAGAACGGAAGAGAAGGGAAAAGGUCAA